AUGGCUGCACCCCGUGAGCCCCGCGCUCUGAAGGCCUCCGCGCCCCGGUCCGGGAAGGCCAAGCUGACUCACCCCGGGAAGGCAAUCCUGGCAGGCGGCCUGGCGGGAGGCAUAGAAAUCUGCAUCACCUUCCCGACCGAGUACGUGAAGACGCAAUUGCAGCUAGAUGAACGCGCGCACCCACCGCGGUACCGGGGCAUCGGGGACUGCGUGCGGCAAACUGUCCGCAGCCAUGGCGUCCUGGGCCUGUACCGCGGCCUCAGCUCCUUGCUCUACGGCUCCAUCCCCAAGUCGGCUGUCAGGUUUGGGACGUUCGAGUUCCUCAGCAACCAAAUGCAUCCCGGGGAUGCUCAGGAUCGGCUCGACAGCAAGAGAGGGCUGUUGUGUGGUCUGGGCGCCGGCGUGGCGGAGGCAGUGAUGGUCGUGUGCCCCAUGGAGACCAUCAAGGUGAAGUUCAUUCACGACCAGACUUCCCCCAACCCCAAGUACCGAGGAUUUUUCCACGGGGUUAGGGAGAUUGUUCGGGAACAAGGGCUAAAGGGGACGUACCAAGGCCUCACAGCAACUGUUCUGAAGCAGGGCUCAAACCAAGCCAUCCGAUUCUUCGUUAUGACCUCACUUCGCAACUGGUACCGAGGGGACAAUCCCAACAAGCCUAUGAAUCCACUGAUCACGGGGGUCUUUGGAGCCAUUGCUGGUGCAGCCAGUGUCUUUGGGAACACGCCUCUGGAUGUGAUCAAGACCAGGAUGCAGGGCCUGGAGGCACACAAAUACCGGAACACAGUGGCUUGUGGCUUGCAGAUCCUGAAGAAUGAGGGAACCAAGGCGUUCUACAAGGGCACUGUUCCCCGCCUGGGCCGAGUCUGCCUAGAUGUGGCCAUCGUGUUCAUCAUCUACGAUGAGGUGGUAAAGCUGCUCAAUAAAGUUUGGAAGACAGACUAAGCCUAGAGGGUGCAGCGGGGUG